AUGCAAGUGGACAGUCGAUGGGCUGAACCAGCCGUGGCUGAUCAAGGUUCUGUUCCAUUUGACGUUGAUCAUCAACCAGAUAGUAGUGACAACCCAAUACCUACUACGACUACUAUUAUUACUCAUUCACCAUCUGUUAGAUCUUCACCCCAACCAUCAUUAACAGCGAUACCAAGUCUUUUUCCUCCACAACGUGUCGAACCAGUUGAUAUGCCCCGUCCUCAACAACAACAAACAUUAAAUCGAGAUAAAACUGGCUAUAUUCAAUCAACAACAAAUGAUGAACAACAAACAACUACUUCUUAUCUAAAAAAAAUGCCUGUUAAACACGUUACUCAUCCAGCUGAUCAAUCUGCAUUUGUUAUUCUUUUAAGACGUUUAUCAAAAAUUGGUUUUAUAAUAUUUAUAUCUAUUCCAUGUGUUAUUAUAGUAACACUUAUUUUACCAAUAUCUCUACUUCUACGAACAUUUAUACGUCUUACUUGUCGAUAUCAUUGUACAGUUACACCAUGUACAUGUAGUUAUUUAUCUUCUAGUGAUUUAUUUUGGUUAUAUAAUAGUAAUACAUCUAUAAAUCGAAAUAAAAAUGAAGAAACAACUAAAUUAAAUUCUCAAACAAAUGCACCUGUAGCAGCUGCAAUAUUUUUUCUUGAUGGUACAAUAAAUGAAAAAUCUUUAAAAAAACUUUUAAUUAAUCGUGCUGUAACUAAUACUUCUCGACGUGGUUCAAAUAUUGGACAUAAAAUAUUUCCACGUUUUUCUCAAUUAAUUGUUUCACAUUUUUCUGGUAUAAUGUGGAUUGAUUAUUCCGCUUUUUCUAUUGAUGAACAUGUACGUGAAAUACCACGAAAUAUACAAAAUGAUGAAGAUCUUCAAUCUUAUGUGUCAACACUUGUCUCAAGUGAAUUAACACUUACUCGACCAUUAUGGCAAUUACAUUAUAAAAAUCGUACAUCAAUACGUCCAAAUGAUAGUAUUCUUAUAUUUCUCUAUCAUCCGAUAUUAUCUGAUGGUAUAUCAUUAAUUCGUAUAUUAUUAAAACAUCUUGUUGAUAAUCGUACGACUCAACUUGAUUUAAAACCACGUUUUGCUGGUCGUCACGGUGAACAUAUAUUUGAUUAUCUUAAAGCAUAUUUAUUUGGUCAUAUGUUAUUAUGUAGUAAAAUAUUUUUUAAUUCUUCUCGUGAUAAUUUUUUAAAACGAAUUAUUUUAAAAAAUCCAAUUGUAAAUAUAUCAACAAAUAAUUCGAAUUUAUCUAAUCAACGACAACGAAUAGUACAUUGGUCUACACCAUUUAGUUUAACACAAGCUAAUCGAAUGAAACUUGUUACACGAACACGUAUGAAUGAUCUUCUUUCAACAUUAGUUAUAUCCUGUGUCAGAUUAUAUUUAGAAAAACAUGGUUUAUCCAAUUCCGAAAAUAUAAAUUGUAUUAUGCCAUGUGAUCUACGUUCGAAUACACCGAAUAUUGUUAUGGGAAAUCAUAUUGCACAUUUAUCUCUUAAAAUACCGAUAAAUAUUGAAGGAAAUAUUCCAACAUUAUGGUCAUUUAAUGAUGAUACGAAACGAAUGAAACAAAAUGGUGAUUAUGCUACAAUGUAUCUAUUUAAUUAUAUCAGUUAUCUUCUAUUUCCUAUUAGUAUCGCUAAUAGAUUAAUGGCUCGUAUUUAUAAUAAUGCUAGUUUAUGGUUAACAACAAUAACUGCUGGUAGUAGUACAGCAUUAGCAACAAUAUCUAUAUGCAAUCGAGAUGUUCGAAGUUUAAUAUGUCUUAAUCCAAGUAUUGGUACACAUAAUAUCAAUUUUUGUGUAACAACAUAUGCUGAUGAAAUUCGUCUUGCUGUUAUUGUUGAUUCAAAUCUUAUACCUGAUCCACAAUUUUUUACUGAAUGUUUUAAUCAACAAUUAAAUGUUGUUCAAGAUCUUCUUGCACAUCGUCGAAUUCCAGGUGAAAUUCGUCGUACAACUCGACCACAAAAAUUUCCUCUACCAAAAAAGAGUAUUAGUAGUAUAUCGGAUAUGUCUGAAGAUUUAACAAUUGAAGAAAUUCAAUCGAAAAUGUCAUCAUUACAACAAGAAUUACUUUCAUUAAAAAGUCAAUUUGAAAAUGUUGAUAUGACUGAUCCAUCAAGUCAAACACAACGUUUAAUAAUUACAACAAAAUUAGAAGAAUUAAGACGAGAAUUUCGUGAAUUACUUAUUAAAUUACAAGAACGUCAAUGUGAAUUAUCUGGUAUGAUACCAAGUGAUGAAGAAGAUGAAAUGGAUCCACAUGUUCGUGUACGUUUACGAUCGGCAAGUGUUGCAUCAAAAAUUUCAUUAAGAUCAAAUGAACAAAGACAAAUGUCAAAAAUAUAUCAAUUAGAAAAAGAUAGUGAAAAUGAAUUUAGUAAUAAUACAAUACAGAAUCCUACAACAUUAUCAAAAGUGAGUCUGGCCGGACAACGAUCCAAUGAAUCAGAAUAUGCCGGUAUGCGUCGUGCACAAUCUGUAAGUAUUUGUGAAAAUACUCGUGUUGAUCUACAACGUCAAACAUCAACAAGUCGAACUCGACCAACAACACCAUCGAAAAAAUUAACGACUAGUACGAAUGCUACUAUUAUUCAUCUUGAUCCGAGUGAAAAUUGGAAACAUGGAAGUGGACAUUAA